UAUAUACAUAUAUAGACUAUGGACAAGGUGACUCAGUAUGUGCGUGUGUUCAAUCACUUUGAUGAAAAUGGAGAUGGCAGGAUAUCACCGUCGGAGUUGCGGCAAUGCGUAGUGGCGAUCGGGGGCAAGUUGUCGCCCGAGGAGGCAGAGGCCGCGGUGGAGCUUCUGGACUUGGAUGAGGAUGGGUUGGUGGGGUUGGAUGAUUUUGUGAGGUUUGUGGAGGGAGGGAAAGAGGAAGAGAUAGUGAAUGACCUAAGAGAGGCUUUUAAGAUGUAUGAAAUGGAAGGGUGUGGUUGUAUCACACCAAAGAGUCUCAAAAGGAUGCUUGGGAAAUUGGGUGAGUGUAAGAGUCUAGAAGAGUGUCAAGCUAUGAUAGCUAGAUUUGAUCUUGAUGGAGAUGGGGUACUCAAUUUUGAUGAAUUUAAGGUCAUGAUGCUGUAA